UCUUUCUUCAUUCAGGAAGGUGUAAAUUUACAGAAGAAAGAGAAAACGGAAGAGAUGACAAUUGAGGCGGAGGAAGAAGAUACAGGGAAUAAAGUUGAUGCUUCCACUUCUAUGAUGCGUUGGGAAAGGUUUCUUCCUCGUAUGGUUCUUAGAGUAUUGCUGGUUGAAGCCGAUGAUUCGACUAGGCAUAUUAUCGCGGCUCUUCUCAGGAAAUGCAGUUACAAAGUUGCUGCAGUUGCUGAUGGACUUAAGGCAUGGGAGUUACUGAAGGGAAAACCUAAGAACAUAGACCUUAUAUUGACAGAAGUUGAUUUGCCGUCUAUAUCUGGAUUUGCCCUCCUUACUCUCAUUACAGAGCAUGAAAUAUGCAAAAAAAUUCCUGUCAUAAUGAUGUCAUCGCAAGAUUCAGUCACCAUGGUUUACAAGUGCAUGUUGAGAGGUUCUGCUGACUUUCUUGUCAAACCUGUACGGAAGAAUGAGCUGAAGAACUUGUGGCAACAUGUUUGGAGGAGACAGUCAUCAAUUGGCAUUGGACGCAGUCCUCUCAAUGAGAGUGUGACGCAACAAAAGCUAGAAGCUACAGCUGAAAAUGACUAUGCUACCAAUCCUUCAAGUGGAUUUAUUGCUUCCAUUCAGAGAAAUAGAGAGCGGAUUGAUAAAGGAAGUGAUGCCCAGAGCUCAUGUAGAAAACCAGAAAUGGAAGGCGACGGUGAUGCCUGCCAUGAAGAAAGUCUUGAUGAACCACCCUUAAAGUCUCUCAUGCCAAAAAAGAAGUUACAAACUGACAUUGAUCAUGAAGAAGCCAAAUUAGUGGCAUUGGAAAAAGAUGAUGAAGGGGAUGAGAAAAGCCUAAGUGGGGUUCCAAACAUGAAUAGUGAAUUAGCCUGUGCUGUUACCACGAAUCCCAUGGUUAUCAAUGCUUCUUCAACAGAAGCCAUUGGUUUAAUUGGAGCAUUUGACCAUAUUUCAAACAGCGGUUACAGAAACUGCUCUUCAAAUAGUUACACAAAUAAAGUAGAACUGAAUCUUUCCUUGCGAAGUAGAUCAUCAUAUCCUGAUGAAAACUACAUACUAAAGCAGUCGACUGUCUCGGCCUUCUCAAGGUAUGUCAGCAGCAAGACACUUGAGCCUUCUUCACAGUCAGUGUUAGCUAAUAAUCAGAGUCGAUCACCACCAUCACCACCCAAGGAUCAUGGAACUGCUGAUGAUUCUGAGAAACAAACCUCAAAUCACAUUCAAGACUGCAAUAAUAAUAUUACAACUGCAUUGGGCAGUGGUCUAUCUAGACAAGUUGAGAUAUCCUUUCCGAGGCCUCAACAGUUGAGAUAUCUUUCUGUUCCAGUUCCGGUGAGAGGUAUGGGGCUUCCAGUCAUGCCUCCAAUAUACUAUGCACAAUCUGGCAGCAAUUCAAUGCUGCAGAGUCUAGGCUCAGUUUGUAGUAGUCAAGAGGCAUCAUUCUUUAUGCAACGAUCCAACAUUAACAUUGAUUCAAGAAACUGUAGAGACUUUUCCCUUCUUAUGAACCAACAACGACAACAAGCAGCAAACAACAAUUCGGGAAAUAAAAGUGGGAGUUUUGGUAAUAAUGGCACAAUGAGCAGUAUUAACUAUAUGAGUAAAAAUGUUGAAGGUGGUGGUCAUACUCAUACUCAUAGCCAUAGCCAUAGCCACAGGCUAGUGUUAGUAAGUGCUGGUCAGAGUGAGAAUGAAGAAAGUUUUCUGAUUCAAAACAGAGACAACAACCAAUAUGGAUCUGGAUCUGGUGCUGGUUCUGAUAAGAGAGAAGCAGCAUUAAAAAAAUUUCGUUUAAAACGAAAAGAAAGAUGCUUUGAGAAGAAGGUACGCUAUGAAAGUAGGAAAAAACUGGCAGAGGAACGUCCUAGGGUGAAAGGACAAUUUGUUCGUCAAGCAAGUGGCUAAUGAUAUAUAAUUCCAAAUGGUUAGUCCGCAUUGUUAUUAACUUGAUCCUCCUCCUUGCACAAGAAUACAAGAAGAAAUGAAACAAACAGAUGCAAACGAACAAGUAGUAGAAGUUGGACACAAAAGAACAAAACAGAACAUGGGCCUAAAGCAACCUCCAAAAGCUUCAUUUCAAAUUUACAACACACAAUUUCACAGGCUAUGGGCGAGAAGAGAGAGUUCUCGCUAUCAUCAUUAUUGGUGGGGUCGUCUUCUUUCUUCAGCUCCAAUAAGAUUCGAUGCCAAUGGAAUCGAAUUCGAAUCGAAAUUCUCGAGGAGAUUCAGGUAAUUAUAUUUACAUGUUCAGUAUCUGUUCUGAACACACACAAUGUAAAUAAUGUAUUUGUCAUUUUAACUCAUGUUUUUACAAUCUUUCAUAUUAUUAAUAUAAGUAUGGUUUUCCUU